AUGGCGAGCGGCGCCACGGGCGGCAUGGCGAGCGGUACGCCGGAGAGCGGGCGCGUGCGGGCGCUGCAGCAGGAGGUGGAGGGCGUCAAAACCAUCAUGACGCAGAACGUGGAGCGCAUCCUGGCGCGGGGCGAGAACCUGGAGCAGCUCCACAGCAAGAGCCAAGACCUGGAGGCCACGGUGAGGGCCGGGGACGUCAUCGCGGCCGGGUCCCCAAGGUGGCAGAGGGACUCCAAGAUGGACACAGUGUCCCUGAGGUGGACACAAGGUCCUCAGGGUGGGCACAGGGUCCCCGAGGUGGCAGUGGGUCCCCAAGUUGGGCCCAUGGCUCCUGAGGUGGCACAAGGUCCCUAA